AUGGAUGCCUACCACCCGGUUGAGGUGGCGACGUAUCUGGCCCAGGCGGAGCAGCUACGGCGCGGUGAAGGUGCCCCUACCGUUCGCAAUCUCGCGAAUACAUUUGCCGAAGUCACUGACAGGGGCAAGAAGCGCCCCCUUCGAGAAAUCACUGCUGAGGAGCAACGACGUGUCAAUGAGCUUCUUGCUGAAUGGGCGGCUCGUCACUUUCGGCCGAUGAUGAUUGUGGAGGACGCAGCACUGCAGCAAAAUGAAAUGACUUCAGUGCGCACGAUUGUACAGCACUUCCGAACGCUGGCUGUUUACUCUCGAAAAUCGCCUAAAGGAAAGCACCGACUAGGAGCAAUCCAAGUGAAGCAGCUUAAUGUCAAAGUCAACGACGUAGGCCUAGCUACGCCCCUGAAGUGA